ACUUUUAAUAUAUUAUGUAUAUAUAUAUAUAUAUAUAUAUAUAUACACACAUUGUAAAUAAUGAUUUUGGAUUUGCUCGCUAAUGUCAUUUCUUUUGUCUUUGUUUGUCUCUUCAAACCACACUUGCAAGUACAAAGAUCCCCAAAAAAACAAAUAAUUGUUCAUAUGCAAGAAAAAAAGAAAGGCUGUUAUGCAGCUCAGACGACGCGAUACAUAUCGGUUAAGAAAAAACUCCAUUAAAAAUCAUAUUGUUGCCGUCCCAGACAAAACCACAUUAUCUUACGGGAAAUCUGAUUUUUCAAGACAAGCUGGCCUCACCAUACAAGAACCAACACUUCCUGAAAAAGCUUUCGCCUAUCAAAUCUGCGUAAAUAAACCCGAAGACAAUUUAGCCAAAGGCAAACAAAUAUGUGGACCUUUAACCAUCUAUGCAAUAGGGUGCACAUCGGCUACGUCAGCACUAUACGCUGCAAUGUUAAACACAAUGCCAACCAAAGGUGAAUCAAAAAACAGUGUCCUGCUAUUAUAGAGCAACGAAGUGAGUACAUUGCUCUAAAAAAAGUUCCCAACUGUUUGUAUUGUAGAGCUAAAAAGUUUGAAUACAAAUCUAGCGGAUUUUGUUGCAACAACGGCUCAAUACGACCAACAACAUAUGAAAUGCCACCCGAAUUAGCAAGAUUAUACUUUGCGAAGACAGAAGAAUCUGAACAUUUUCGCACUUAUAUCAGAACAUACAAUAACAUGUUUGCUUUCACUUCGCUUGGUGUAAAGUAUGAUAAAGACCUAGCAAAAAGAAAUUAUGGUAUUUGCACAUUCAAAGUCCAAGGACAAAUUUAUCACUUUAUAGAUGAUUUAAUCGCUUACAACCAAAACUCAAAAAAUUUACAGUUAUACUUCUAUGAUCACGACAAUGAACUAACCAAUAGAAUGACUUGUUCGACAAAAAUCGACGAAUUAAUUAUGCAAAAGUUGAUGACAUCUUGAAAGUGAACCCAUAUAAUAUAUUCCUAAAAUCUUUGAUGAAUGUUCCUCAAUUGACAAAUUUCUAUAUUGCCCUUAAAUGUGACUCAUCAUUAGAUCAACGAAGAUAUAACUUACCCCGUACAUCAGAGGAUGCAACAUGGCCUGAGGAAAAUUCUGCAGGCUCUAUCUCUGCGCCACAUAUUCGAAUCUAUACUCAAAGUAAUAGAAUUUAAUUAUUAAAUUAUUAUUACAGAUGUUAUGAUCCUCUACAGUAUCCAUUGUUAUUUCCGUAUGGUCAAAAUGGAUGACAUUGUGGAAUAAAAAAAAUUAUUCAAACAAAUAGCGUGACAAGAAAUAGAGCUUACUGUGAACAUGAAGAGCUAUCCAGUAUAUCAAAUAUGUAUUUAGUGGAUGCAUUUCUUGAUAUGGAGGCUCAAUCACAACAAAAAGGAAAACGAAAAGAGAUACAGUUUUCUAUCGAGAAAACUAUUGCUACAAGUUUCAAAUAAGAGAUAAUGAAACAAAUGAAGUAUUGCAUUGUGAAAGAAUAUUUCAAAAAUUUAUAGUGGAUGUAUAUAUCAAGCUUGAAGCACAAAGAUUAUAUUUUUUUUGGCAUUUAAUUCAGAUUUGUUUAGAAUUGAAUUUUUACAAAGAAUUGUAGAUGUUCUAAGAAGUGGUGAAAGGGAAACCUGUAAAGUUGGAAAGAAAUCAUUACUUCUUGUUACAUUUAUUGGAGGGCCUAGAGACAUGCAUCGUCGAUAUAUGGAUGCUACCUCAUUGGUUCAAUAUUUUAGAAACCUGACUUAUUCAUACCAAUGAUAUGUAAUCCAUUUUGGUUAGAAAUAAAAAAAAUCUAUUACACACUGACAAAGUGCAAAUAAGCCUGACUUAGUAGAGUAUUCAGAGCAAAGAUAGAAUUAAAAUAUGAUAUAUUAAAAAGAUAAAUUUUUAAAAAAGUUGCAGGUUUUAUGUACACUGUAGAAUUUUAAAAACAUGGUCUUCCCAUGAUCAUUUCCUCAUUAUACUUACUGAUGAACACAAAUUAUUAGCUCUUGAAUCCUAUGAUAAAUUUGUUUGUGCUGAAUUACCUGACUCUAAGAAAGAAUCUUAUCUAUAUUCACUUGUUACUCAACAUAUGAUGCAUGGUCCUUGUGGAAAGUUAAAUCCAACAAAUAUUUACAUGAAUAAAAAGGUAAUUGCAAGUUUAAAUAUCUAAAAGAUUGUCGAUCAUAUAUCAAAAGAAAAGAAUUGAUAUCCAAUAUAUAGAAGAAUUGAUCAAGCAAAAACAUUACUCCAACAUAUGUACAAGCAUGGUUGCAAGCCAAUCACUGCAACAUACAAUGUACUGUUAAACGGGCUUUGCCAGAGUGGGAGGUCUGCCGAGGCACAAGAGAUUAUGAAUAUGUGUGAGUGGUGGUGGAAACCAAAUCCUACAACAUUUAGGACCCAUUUGGUAGGAUGGAUUAUUUUCAUAAUCCAUGAAUUAAAUGAUGGGAUUACUUAGUACAUUGUUUGGUAGCAAUUUUGAAGCUAUGUAUUACUAAUACAUGGAUUAGUUAUACACCCUACAUGGUAUUAUAGGUUGUAUAACUAAUACACCCAACUUGGUGGGAUUAUAAUCCAUGGAUAAAUAUUUGUCAAGACAAAAAUGCGCUCAAAUUUCUUUAAUUUUUUUCUAAAUCUUUUCAAUUUAUUCAAUGUGAGUUAUUUCUUUUCAAUUUAUCAAGAUAAUAAUAUCCCUCCAAAUAAUUUUAGUCAUAAAAAAACUACUCCAUUAACUUAAAAAAUAAUUAUUGGUCACAAUCCGAAAAUAAAUUGCAUGAUUGCAUACAAACUUUAAUUUUGUAAAUAGGAUAUCAUAAAUAAAAAUAUUUUUUUCUACUUAGCUUUAACAUGCACUCUACGGAACACAAAUUUAUAUCAAUAAUAAUUCUAUUGUCUCGUUCAAAAGUUACACGUAUCUUCCAACGUAAGAACAUCACAAAGUGGAA